CUUCUGAUACAUUUCCCAUCGCUAGCAGUAUUCGGUUUGCAAAAAUAUAGGUUUUCAUGAAAAAAUGGAAUUAGGCAAGAAACUACGGGAAAGUGGCUGGUACUUUACGGAUGAGGGCCUCAAAGUGCUGUCAACCGCAGUGGGAUGUGAGGAGCCCCGCAAAAUUAUUGAUGAGGCGCUAAACCGGGAUAUUCGUGACAUUGGCGGAGGAGCACUGCCUACGAAACGAGAGGAUGCCUCAGUGCCCGGUCGGAUUGUCCUGCAGGUUCAGAGAAUCCGAAACAUAUCUGCGCCCAAGGCAAAUGAGGAGUCCAAGGCGGCGCCUCGCUUUCUGCAGCUCGAUCUGAGCGAUGGCCAGACUUCGAUACAGGCCCUGGAGUUGGAGCCGGUGCCGCAGCUGAGUCUGAAUGUGGCGCCCGGCACCAAAGUCUAUUUUAAGGCCGAGAAGCUUCAGUUGAUUCAGGGAUUCGUGGUGCUGCGCUCCUCGGAACUCCAGAUUCUGGGAGGCCGUGUUGAUGCGCUAUACGAAAAGUGGGAUCUGGCCAGGACCAUGUUGAAGUACGCCCGCAGUGGCCGACCUCUGAGUGGAACUUCAGCUCCUCCGCCCUGGGUGGCUUUUGGAAAGAAAAUCGACUCCACGGCCGACAGAAACUUCAAGAGUCUGGGCUCCUCUGGCGAUAAGGAAAAGCCCGUAAAAGAGAACGACGAGUUCAAUGCCAUGCGAAGCGAGGCGAUCGCGGAGGCCACCAAGGCGGGUGGCAAGAAAGUAUUCGGCGGCGGUGGACAGAACAUUGUGGAUCACAACAUCAAAAAGAUUCUUGACAAGGGCUUCACGGAGGAUGAGGCUCGCAGUGCCUUGCACGCGACUAGAAAUAACCUGGAGCGUGCUCUGUUCAACCUGAAGAGGCGCAAGGAGGCAGGUGGCGUGGGUCCCAUAGAAUCCAUGGGUCGGCCUGGGCGUGGAGAGCGUCCUGGACGGGAGGGGAAGCGAGGAGCCAGCAGCAAGGACGAAGCAGAAGCGCCAAAGCCUGCAGCCAACGCCACGCUCUUUGAUUUCCUUACCACCAAGCUACCAGCCUCAGAGGCACCAGCCCCAAGUGUUCCCGAAACCUUUGCUUCGGUUCCAGCGGCCCCCAACACUGCCAAUCAUUAUAAUCCCUUCAAGCAGUACGGCAGCUCGAGGUUCGGUGAACCAGACAGUAAGCCAUCGCUUGGUGGAGGAGGAGGUGGAAAGUUUGGCGAUCGUUCCAGGUUCGAGAAUAACGUAUCGAGCAGCUUUGCAGCCCACCGUGGUGGCCAUGGAGGAUCGUCCAGGGGUGGAGGACGUAAUCGUGGUGGCGGGAGAGAUGAACGGCCACCGAGGGAGGAAAAGCCACAUCGGGAGGAGAGACCUCCUAGGGAAGAGAGACCUCCCAGGGAAGAGCGCCCGCCAAGAGAUCGUGGUGGUGCCCUUAACGAUCGGGUGCCAGGACGCCACAAGCCGGAACAGUCGGCAGGAAAGGCCACUAAUAGGAAUGGGCUGGAUAAUCCUCCCGGCAAGAGUGCUGCCGAGGUGAAAACAGAGUCAGAGACUACAAAUGGAAAGGAUCAGGCUGGAAACAGACGUGGCAGCGAUCGAGGCAGCAAUCGUGGUGGGUCCAAUCGAGGAGAAAAUGGAAAUGCCAAUGGAAACAGGCGCAAGCAGCAAGGAGGCAGCAGCUCAGGGGCAUCAACCAUUCCAGGCUCCGUCAAGUCGGGAGAGGAUUUCAGUGCUCGCCUCAGCAAAGUCACCGAGGAGACGGCCAAUCUCAAGGUGAGCAGUGCUCCCAAGCGUGAGAAUCGCCGCCGCCAGGGCCAAGGCAACCGUCAGGGAGGAGCGGCAACGGGAUCGGAAGUCCAGCCACAGCAACAGCCGCCAGCGCCACUGCCGACGCAGAAGUCGAAUCAGAAAAAUCAGCAAUCGCAGCAGAAUCAGCAUCACAAUCACCGUCAGAAUUCUCAGAGCAAUUACAGUCAGUUGCCCAACGGGUAUACCUAUGAUCCCAGCAAGAUCAUGGGUUUCCAAAGCAAGGAGGCUAACGAGUUCGCCAUGAGCCUGCUGAAGAGUCAGGGCGUGGGGGUGGCCAACCAGCAACAGCAGCAUCAGGAGCAGCUGCAAAAGCUUCAAGCGGCGUCUUUUGUUUCGGCUCCUGGCCCUCCCACUAAUGCUCAUCCUCAUCCCCAGGCACCUCCGGCUGUGUCAGGGCCGCAGGCAGUUCCCAGGGAUCACUUUGGUAUGACGCCCGGCGAUGCCUGGAUGUGGAAGAAGGGCGACUUGUGCAUGGCCAAGUACUGGGACGAUGGAAGGUAUUAUGAGGCUGAGAUCACGGGAGUUUCGGAAAAAACUUGCGUGGUCUUCUUUCUGGGCUAUGGCAACCACGAGGAGGUCCUGAAGCUAGACAUUCUUCCCAUCACGGAUGCACAGAACAGGCCGCUGAGCAAUGCUCCAUCGUACCAGCAGAUGCAGAGCCAGCAGCCGGCGCAGCAUCCACAUUCACGCUUUCGGAGCGAUCGCCAGGCCCAGCAGCAGCAGGUCUAUGUGCCACCCCACAAGCGGGAGCAUUGAGACGGCCUUGGCCUGUUUAAAACGUAUUUAAAUCAAUUAAAAUGUUUCGAAUAAAGAACUUUAAAGUAAA